CAACCAUAACUGCGUUGCGGUGCAUGUGUUGAUCUCUGAUCUCUCACUGCUUUCCUGUAUCUGUUCGACCAGAAAACCCAACAAAACAUGCGUCUGUAUCAAACUGCGCGCUUAAAACACGCAUGCGGUGGAAAAACAGCAGUGUCCGCAGUUAAGGAAUGUAACAAAACAGUGGGUGUUGGUUCAGGAUACUCGUUAGGAAAGUUAUCAUGCGCAGGUGUGUCCGGACCGUUUCAUCUGCCGAAAGUAAAGGCAAACAUUUGGCAUGGGUGCAAAUCGCUGUUUUAUACGACAAACAGCGUUUGUAACACACACCGGAAACAUCUUGUUCGUGGAUUUUCUUCAAAACAUGCGUACGAGGACGCGUUUGCCAUGGCACGGGAUAAACCCGAAAAGUUUUGGAGUAAAGCGGCGCAGGGGAUUAGCUGGUUUGAACAUUGGACCCAAACUCUGGAUAAAACAGAUACAUUGUUUCCAAAAUGGUUUGUUGGAGGGAAGCUGAAUGUGUGUUACAACGCUGUUGAUCGGCAUGUUGAGAAUGGGAGAGGUGAUCAGGCCGCUGUGAUUUAUGACAGCGCGGUCACCACCACUAAACGGGUCAUCACGUUCAGAGAAAUGCAGGAUGAGGUAUCGAGGUUGGCGGGUGUUUUGGCGAGUCACGGUGUGAAGAUGGGAGAUCUGGUGGUGAUUUAUAUGCCCAUGGUCCCUCAGGCCAUGUUCACCAUGUUGGCCUGUGCCCGUAUCGGUGCCACCCACAGCCUCAUAUUUGGGGGUUUUGCCUCCAAAGAGUUGUCCGUCCGUAUCGACCAUGCUAAGCCAAAGUUGUUGGUCACAGCAUCAUUUGGAAUCGAGCCGGGCAGAAAAGUGGAGUACAUUCCCUUGGUUGACAAAGCCCUGGAGCUCAGCAGUCACAAACCGCACAAAGUCCUCAUCUACAACCGUCCUGGCAUGGAAAAAGUGUCCAUGCAUCCUGAUCUGAGCCUGGAUUGGGAGGAGGAAAUGGGCACUGCUCGACCUCACGACUGCGUGCCCGUCCCUGCUCAUCAUCCACUGUAUGUCCUCUACACCUCUGGCACUACAGGCACUCCAAAGGGUGUGGUCAGAGAUUCAGGAGGUUAUGCUGUGAUGCUAAACUGGACUAUGUCCAACGUUUACGGACUGGCUCCAGGUGAGGUCUGGUGGGCCGCGUCUGACUUUGGCUGGGUGGUCGGACACUCGUAUAUCUGCUACGGUCCGCUUCUGCACGGCAACACCACGGUGCUUUACGAGGGCAAACCGGUGGGGACUCCGGACCCUGGGGCGUUUUUCCGUGUGAUGUCUGAGCGCACUGCUUCAAUGUUUACUGCUCCCACUGCUAUCAGAGCCAUACGCCAGCAAGACCCUCAGGCAGAACAUGGGAAGCGAUAUCCGCUCCGCAGGUUGAGGAACUUAUUUGUAGCAGGAGAACGUUGCGAUAUUGAAACCCUCGAAUGGGCCAAGAAGAAUUUCGGAGUCCCUGUGCUGGAUCACUGGUGGCAGACCGAGAGCGGCUCUGCGAUCACAGCCUCCUGUAUCGGUCUGGGCUGCUCACGCACACCCCCUGCUGGUACGGCAGGUAAACCCGUGCCUGGAUACAAUGUGACAGUGAUUGAUGAUGAAACGAAGCAGGUGAAACCAAGGACUCUGGGAAACAUCGUUGUGAAGCGUCCUCUCCCUCCUGGGGCCGCUCUCAAUCUCUGGCAGAAUGAAGAGCUGUUUAAAGACCUGUAUUUCACCAAGUUCCCAGGCUACUACGACACCAUGGACGCUGGCUUUGUGGACGAGGAGGGCUUUGUGUACAUCAUGUCACGGUCUGAUGAUGUCAUCAACGUUGCCGGUCACAGGUUAUCCACCGGUGCCCUCGAAGAGGCAGUUCUGCUUCACCCUGCUGUAGUGGAUUGUGCCGUGGUGGGGCUGGAGGAUUCUCUGAAGGGACACGUACCUCUGGCUUUAUGUGUGCUUAGAAAUGACUGUGAAAAGAGCAAAGAUGUACUGGUGAAAGAAAUGGCGAGUUUGGUCAGGGACACCAUCGGCCCAGUGGCAGCUUUCAGGAAGGUUCUCUUUGUCAAAGUUCUUCCCAAAACCCGCUCUGGAAAAAUUCCAAGACCGUCUCUCGCUAACCUGGUCAACCGCAAGCCUUACAAGAUCACUCCAACCAUAGAAGAUCCAGAAGUGUUUAAGGACAUUGAGAAGGUGGUGAGAAAAACUCUCAAGGGAACUGAUAAAUAAUUCAUCACGAGACUUGGACCAACAGGACAACUUUUAAUGUCCGGUAUUAUGUGAAAGUUAAUAUACCUAUGAAAAGUUUACUCACUGUAACGCCAUAGUAUUUGUAAUAACGCCUCUCUGUGAGCGAUACUAUCACACAACGAUGUGUUAAUAUGAAGAAUAUUGGGAUACCUCUGUUUUUGUGGACCAAAUACCGUAUAGGAUUUUUACGGUGUAUCGUGGCAAAUUGAAAUGUUUGUAUGCUAAAAGAAAAGUCCAGACCACAGUCAUAUUUCCCCGUAAAAUGAAGAGGGAAAAAAUGUACACUCCUUGUUUUCAGACUGUCAAGUUUUUUGUUAUUGUAAUGUGUCGAUUGUACGACUGAUACCGCUGACUUCCAAUGACGUGUAAAUGCUACGAGUGGAUUUCAUGGAAAUAAUGAGAAUGGAAUUGCAUUAAGGCAACAAGUACGAGUCGGGCGUAAGCUAAAUGUUUUUGUAAUUUAAGGGUGAAAUGGUCCUCGAUACAUUUUUAGGAAAUAUUUGAAUGACUGUGAAGUGUGCUAAGUUAGCUAGGUAAGGCACAUUUUUAGUGUACCGAAGCUGCCCAAAGCAAUGACGUGUACUGUCCAGUGUAAAGAAAUGCCUUUGCAAAUACAAUUUUGACAAAAACUUUUGACGAAACAAACCUGUUUGACUGUACUUUUUAUUAACAGUGAAAAGUUGUUUGAUCACCACAUAGUUUUGACCAAAAUACAAUCGGUAAUUAAUCAUAAAAAAACGGACACAAAAUAAAAGGAUUCUCUGUGCGUGCAAAAACAGGGACGUACAAACCGUCGAAGAGUCGUCUGAAAUAACUCAAAGACAGGAAGUCGAGGGCCGUACGACUAGUUUCUCCCGCGACCUCGACGUAAAGUCUGUAACAGUUUUACAACAAAGCAAGUCACGGCAAGCAACGGUUUUGUCUUUUUGAAUGUGGACUUGGACAAGUCGAUAUACACUUCUACGUUUACAAAGAGCUAAUCCUGUCUUUUAGUUAUUUCUCCUUCCGGGAUCCCGUCGAGGUGUGUUUUCGCGUGGGCUUGGAAACAUGACAUUUGACCCAAUGGAUGGCAUUACUGUUUUAGGUACCUCGGUAGAUACGAUUGAACCGUGGCGGCACGAGUAAGGUAACAGUGUGACGUAGACCCUGAAGGGGAGACGUACAGCUUUCGUCGGCUGACGGCAGAAAGCGACAUCCGAACAAAGGGGAGGGGCUUUGAAUUAGCGGACCUCGACGGGCCGCAAACACGAACGGACGAGACGAAACCAACACGUACAAAAACGUCUCUCGGGUCUAGGCAAAGUUUGAAGAGCAGCAUCGUUUAAAACCAUGACGUUAUAGGACAUAAUGUUCACAACUUUGAAUAUGUUGUGGUCUUUUUUGUAGAUUUUUUUUAUACAGACGUAUAUAUAUAUUAUUUUUAUAUAUAUGUAUAAAAGGUCUUUAUUUAUAGUAAUUUACAGCUGUACUUAGAAGAAAUACACAGUACAUAAGCCGGAUGAGCUUGGCGUGGUGUAAAAGGUAGAAAGGGCGAGAGAGAGCGCGCGUAGCACCUGCGGGGGGUGCCCCGGAUCGGGCCUCGGCUCGUUAAGUGCAGUGGAGGGGGCGGGGGGCUGGCACGCCGUUCCCCCCUCCUCGCCCCGUCCUCCGGGGCUUGUUUUGUUCUCUUGGCAGUGUGACUCAUCGGAAUUGUUCGUGCAGGCCAAACGACUCUUCCGGCGACUUGAAGGUACUUCUUCUAAAUUGAUCUGAAACACAAAAGGUGUACAAUUAGUUGCGAGAACGGAUAGGCAUUACACGGGAAUUGGGUGGGGUGCAAUUUGUGAUUUGGGGAGAGCGGUGAAAGGUUUACGGAACUUUUAAAAGCUAGUUUAUGUCACGACAGCGGCGUUCUCGACAGUAUUUAGUUUUUGCGUUAGCGAUUGCGAUGCCUUCUUAAGGGGUUUAAAUGGUGGCAAGCCUGACAGGUUUUUUUGGCUCUGAAGGUACAGUCCGCCCAAAAAGUAAAGACUUGUCAUUAUGUACUCACCGUCCUGUAAUUUGUUCUUCAGAAGUGAAAAUAUAUGGUACCGCUCGACUCGCAUGGGUUUUGUGUCCAUAAAGUAGAUGACGUCGUUCGGAUAUUAACAUUGUUCCAAAUGUCCUUAGUGUUUUGCGUAAGAAAGAAAGUGGCACAGGAUUGAAUGGCGGGGUGAGAAAAAGAUGUGAAUUUUCAUUUUUGGGCGAACUAUUCCUUUUAGGGUGUUUCCGCGUUUGAGAAUGUUUGAGAAUUGAAGACUCACAGCUUACGUCUUUAUCUCCUCUCAACACGAGUAGGUCCUCACAGUGGAAGUGUCCAGACGCUGUACCGCAGACGGGCCGACUACAAGGAAACAAAAGCAUUCGGAUACUACAUUAGUAUUUGCGGUCUUGUGAAUUUUGGUGAGAAGAGAUAGUUGAAGGAAUAGUUCACAAGAAAAGGAAAAUUCUUUCCCGAUGAAGUUUGAAACCUAUAUACAUUUUUUUGAUCUGUUAAACACAAAGAAAGAUAUUUGUAAGAAUGUUGUCAAUUUUCAGAUACGUGACAUCAUCCGCUUCCACAGGAGGAAAAAAAUGGAGUAUAAUAGUGAGAUAUUUCGAAGAAUUUGGGAACCCCAACCGUUUCUGGGGCACCUUUGAGUAGCACAGAGCAAAGUAAUUCAUACAUGUAUGAAAUGACACGAGGGUGAGGAAACAAUGACAGAAUUGUCUGAUGUAACGUCUCGGUCCCAACAGGAUGUUGGCAUAUUUCAAUGGUUUUAACGGAAAACUUUGAGGGCACGUGAAUUGUAAUGAUCCAGACCGGACUAUUGCAAUGCGCUACUAACUAGACUUCCUGCUUGCACGGCCAAACCUGUACAGAUGAUCCAGAAUGCAGCAGCAGCAAGAGUGGUCUUGAAUGAACCUAAGAGACAUUGGUUUCCUAUAGUUGCUCCUGGCCUUAUCUUCAUACACUUAUGCAGACUUAUGUACCUGCCAGAUGGUUGCAGUCUGCAAACUAACAACGUGUUAAAAAGCCGUGUGUAGGCGGAGUCACCGUCCUGGAGUAACGAGCCACGGAGGGAGUAAGCGGGCGCAGGUGUGACGCAAUCAUCAGGUACCAGCCGAGGAGGCACUAUAUAGACAGGGCCCAGUACUGAAGCGGCAGCGUAAGCGGCAGUCGUGGCGUGAAUCCCUGCUCGUGUGAAGACAUGCGAGAGUAAAGACCUGCGACUCUACCUGCGCGACUCCACCGGACAGGACACCGGACAGGACGGCCUUUCUUUCUUUCUCUCUCUCUUUCUUCUAACAUUCCUCCAGGGUGACGUCCACAUCUAGCUUCACACCAACAACUCUACUGUUCAAACAUCCACUGUGCCCUAUCCGGCUGAUUGUUCCUAAAGGAACACUGCGGGCAACAAUCAAGGCAUAGCAGCCACUACCACACAAUUCAUCUCCCACACAUAUAUCUCUCCACUAACAGAGAUGGCCACAGUGCUGGAUCGUAAAGUUCAAAGCAUAAGUGACCGCAUUCAGCUUCUUACUAUUGUCAGUGUCACGACAUAUCUUCUUCUAUAUAAAGCCAUACUCAAAAUAUAACCUUGCAUUCAAUAUUUCUUAGUGAACCGGCAUGUGGGAUUCAACAACCCACGCAUUUCAAAUACAUCUAACAUCAUACAUCGCAUUUCUUACUCCAGGUUUCUAGUCCAAGCCAUUCGCUGGUACUGCAAGCUUUGAACAAACAAUUUUAUUUAAGCACAAGGAAACAUUCUAGCGGCCUUUGGAAAUCCUCUUUAUGUGUAACAAAUAAUAUCACUCACAAAGUGUAAUAAAUGUAUCAUAACUCAUGUAUAAACAA